AUGCCCGCCUCCGACCCAUCCAAACCGCCCAUCCUCCCAACCUUCCAGCCAGCCGCGCAUCCAAAGCGCCAAAACACCACCAGCUCCACAACCACCAGAACCACCAUCGGCGCCACGCCCACGCCCAGCCGACACAACAGCAGCACCACCACCCCCGCCACGCGCCGCCCCCACCCGCACCACCAGCGCCAAACCUCCUCCCAAUCCAUCACGCGCAAACCCGUCCCGCCGCCCAAACGCGCCCCCUCAACGCUCGCCCGCCCGUCGUUCAAGCGCGCGCCGACGACGCAGACGCAGUACGUCGACCUGCUCGUGCGGCUGGACGAGAUCCCGCGCUGGCACAACAUCGUGUGCGCCUUUUGCUCGUGGCUGCUGCUGGCCGGGUACUUGGUGUUUCCGGCGACGUUCACGAAAGUGCAGGCGCGGGUGGAGACCGAAGUCGACGGGAGAGAUGAUGUGGUGACGGUGUUCGUGGCGGGGGCGGUGAAGAAUGUGGGACUGUUGCCUGGAACGACGAACUCAGUGGCAGGCCUUGUCUCGACGCUCGUCAACAUCUAUUCUGCGCAGGACGGCAAGCUGAGCAUCACUGCGAAAGUGACGAAGAAGCACGAGCGUCAGAUUGAGGCGGAUGAGAAGCGCGAGCGGCAGUUGAACGGAGAAGAGAAUGUAGGCGCUUUCGAGAAGUUGAAAAGAAAGGCGCAAGAACCAGCUGUCAUGCCCGGGAGUGUCGUUUGA